UUAAACAAGAGGAGGCUGUAAAGAGGCCUUAAAGUUGUCUUCACGCUCACAUACUCUUCCUCGGUCUACUCACUACUCUUCACAGAUCAUUGGCCACUUUGUUUGUCUCAAAAGUGUACGGCACAACCAAGACAGCUAUAUAGUUUCGGAUCUCAGCCAACAUGAUAAAAAGCACUUCCAUGGUCAUCGUCAUUGGCCUUUUGGGAGCUGCCUUCCUUCUCUCGCCGUCGACUGAGGGUGGGCAGAACCCAGACUACAUGCUUCACGGCACUGGGGUCAAGCCCGUAUCAGAUCCAAAGAGACCACUGUCAGGGGACGGGUUCACCGUGGCCCCAGAGGAUGCUGCCCGCUUCCUUAGCUGUUACUGUUCAGGCCACUGCCCCGAAGAUGCCACAAACAACACCUGCGACACGAACGGCCAGUGUUUUGCUAUCAUAGAGGAGGAUGAGCAUGGCGAGGCUAUCCUCACCUCUGGCUGCAUGAAGUAUGAGGGCUCCCACUUCCAGUGCAAGGACUCUCCUAAUGCUCAGACCAGACGGACCAUUGAGUGCUGUUCCACUGAUUUCUGUAAUAGAGACCUUCAGCCCACACUUCCACCUCCUAUUCCAGGAAAGCCUCAGUUAUGGAACGCCCACUUGCUGGCCUUUCUGAUCUCCGUGAUGGUGUGUUGCUUCACUUUGGUGGCCAUAACUGUGGUGUGUUACUACAGGUAUAAGCUGCAGACAGGACGGAGACGGUACCAGAGAGAUCUGGAGCAGGACGAGGCCUUCAUCCCUGCAGGAGAGUCUCUCAAAGAUCUCAUUAGUCAGUCCAGCACUGGCUCCGGUUCAGGGCUCCCCCUGCUGGUCCAGCGCACCAUUGCCAAACAAAUUCAGAUGGUACGUCAAAUCGGGAAGGGGCGGUAUGGAGAAGUGUGGCUUGGUCGCUGGAGAGGAGAAAAGGUUGCAGUGAAAGUGUUCUUUACCCGUGAAGAGGCUAGUUGGUUCAGAGAGACCGAGAUUUACCAAACGGUGCUCAUGAGGCACGAAAAUAUACUCGGCUUUAUAGCUGCAGAUAUUAAGGGCACGGGAGCGUUCACUCAGCUUUUCCUCAUCACAGACUACCACGAGAAUGGUUCUCUCUAUGACUAUCUGAAAUACACCACCCUGGACACACAGGCUCUGUUGAGGCUGGCCUAUUCUGCAGCCUGCGGACUGUGCCACCUCCACACAGAGAUCUACGGUACGCAGGGCAAACCUGCCAUCGCUCACAGAGACCUGAAGAGCAAAAACAUGCUCAUAAAGAAGAAUGGCACCUGUUGCAUCGCUGAUCUGGGCCUGGCUGUGAAAUACAACAGUGAUACCAAUGAGGUGGACGUCCCUCUGAGCACAAGGAUGGGCACACGGCGGUACAUGGCACCAGAGGUCCUGGAUGAGACCCUAAAUAAGAACCAAUUCCAAGCGUACAUAAUGGCUGAUAUUUACAGCUAUGGGCUCAUUGUUUGGGAGAUGGCCCGCCGAUGCGUGACAGGAGGUAUUGUUGAGGAGUAUCAGUUGCCAUACUGGGACAUGGUACCUUCAGAACCGUCCUACGAGGACAUGAGGGAAGUGGUGUGUGUUAAAGGCAUGCGACCAGUGGUGUCUAAUCGCUGGAACAGUGACGAGUGCUUACGGGCCAUGCUAAAGCUCAUGUCUGAGUGCUGGGCACACAACCCAGCCUCUCGCCUCACAGCUCUUCGAGUCAAAAAAACACUCGCCAAAAUGGUUGAAUCACAGGAUAUCAAAAUAUGAUCAGUUUUCCCUCCAAUGCCAGUCUGAGAGAAAUCAUGGAGAUAUUUAUGCUCACUUUUAUGAAUUAUUGCCUCAGUUCCUAAACAGACCUGUGGGAGUGCUGCUGAGCAGAACAUUUGCCUCCUUGUCUGGCUGUGUUUCCUCGCCCUGUUGCAGUAAUGCUCUUAGUGUCAUAUAGUACCCUCUGCUGGACUGUAUGUGCCAUAGUGCAUCCACGAGGAAUUAAGGACAACUGCUCUGCAGGCAUCGGUACUCACAUCCUCCCCAUUGCCACCAUUUUUCCUUCUUCAGAUGCUCUUUUAUAUAUUGGGAGAGAUUCAAAGAGCAUAUGGUGCUUUCUGUGAAAGCUGUGUAAUACGAUACGUCUGUAUGGAGGAGUGGCAUGGUGCCAGCAGUGAUGGAGCCGUUUGGGAGAAGGCUUGAUGACUGACCCCUCUAUUAUUGACUGAGUUGAGAGGCGGACAUAUUGGGGUGAUAUAAUAUGCUUGGGAUAUGCUCCAGUGUGGCUAGUGUCCCAAAAUGGCAACUUUGCAUUUGGAUCAUGUGCAGCUGUGGCCACUGAAACAUCAAAAGUGAACAGACCCUGUUUUAUUCAAAUUACCUAUAUUAUAUGUAUAAAACAAAAAAACGUCCCGUUACUACAUAUUGAUAUUUUAAUUAAUAGCCUUUUUGAAAAAUGAUUCCUUCAACUGCUUUCCUUUCUGAGAAUCUGUCCAAAAAAGAGUGUUAGCAAUAAGGUUUUCUAGUUGAAACCUUCCCAUUUUCUGAAGACUGGGAAUGUAUUCACUAUUAGGAAUAGAAAGUUCAGGUAUAAUGACAGGAGUAAUGUGAUCAUUACUCCAGCUCUGGCCUGAAGAAUUUAAGUACAACCGGUCAAAUAUUGCCAACACCGCCGCCAUACAAGAUCUAUUAAUCUA